AUAAAUCAGGUUUAUGGUUUAAUGAGGAGGAGCCGGUCACAGAUGAAAAAAUUGACGAAGAGACGGUUUGGGAAAAUGUUGAAGAAGCAUUUAUAAUUGAUGACCUAAAACCAGAUUUGUCAGAUUUUGUUCGAGGAACCAGACAACGAUCUACAAUUAGGAAGAAAAGAAAAGAAAUUCUGGAAACAAAAGAAAUCGAAGAUUCUUCUACGGAAAAAGAAGAAAAAGAAGAAGAGGUUAAGCAAGAAAUAAGAAAUCAGCUACAACAAGAUCAAGAUCAUGACACAGAACAAGAGUUGACAGUACAAGAAGGAAAUCUUUCAAAGCAAGAAGAAAAAAGUGUUCUAAAGAUUAAUGAUGGAAAGGAAGAUUUUCCUUUGUGUACAAUCUACACAGGAGUAGAAUUAGGAGGAGAAGAUGAAGAAGACGAUGAAGAAGAAGAAGAAGAAGAAGAUGAAGAAAAAGAAGAAAAGGAAGAAAAGGAAGUAAUAUGCAUGAGACAACCUCCAACACCUGCUCCUAGGUCUAUUGGAAGAGCCAAAGGACUAAAUGUGAGUGAGCAGCUGGGUUUGAAUUUACAAGGCCUCGAAAAUAUGACUGAUGAGGAUGAUUCAGUUUUUGAUGAUUUAGUGAUUAGUUAUGAUCCACGGUUUGGCAGAGAGUACGUUUACCACCAUAGCAGUGACGAGGAAAUGGAAGUUUUUUUCAGACCAAGCUUCGAUCUUCAUACAAUUCGAGAAGCUUCGAUCGAAGAACUCGAAGCUUUAAGUGAUACAUCGAUAGAAUCUUCUGCUUCUUUAAAAGAUCAAGAAAGAUCUUUGGAAGACGACCACAAAGAAUCCAAUAUUGAAAAUCCUCCAGCUGUUCCAAUACCUCGAGCACGCAAGAUAAAUCAAAUGAAUCAGAGAAAACCAGUUUAUCAUGAAGAAUUAGUUAUUUUAUCAGGGUUUCUGGAAAACGACCAGUCAGAGAUAAAGCAGAAUUCCACCAUUUGCAAUGAAGAAAUAACCGGAAAUUCAACCACGGCCAUUUUUAAUGAUGGUAAAAGAGCGCCAAACGACGGAGAACUACCUGAUGUUGUUAAAGGUACGGAAUCGCCGGAACCUCUUGAGAUACUUACUGAAGAUGAUUUCUGGAGUGAUGACGAGCUUGAAGAAGCGUUUAAGCAUAAAAUCCCAACCGAGGAUUUCGAAUAUUCUGGACAAAAUCGAGCUGUACAAUUUCAAGGACCUGAACAGCACAAUGAUCAAAAUGAGGAAACGAUUGAGAAACAACAGUUGUCUGUACGAAAAAUGGAUUGGUCGGUACAAAAACAAGAAAAAUUUAUAGACGAUGAUAAAAGUAUUUUAAAAAAACAGAAAGAUAUUAAAACUGAACCUGAAAUGAAUACAAAUAAAUAUGAACCACUUAAACAUAGUAUAGAACAAAAAGAAGUUAACAAGGUACAGGAUAAGCAUAAUAAUAUAUCAAAACCAAUAUGUGAAGAAGAAGAAAUGGAAUCCAAAAAAUCCCCAAACAAAGAUCAAUUUGUGGAGAAGAAAAGUAAAAUGACACCUAAAGUACAGGAGAAUCCCCAAACUGUACUUGAGGUUGAAUCAUCUGUACAAAAGGAAGAUAUUUCUGUUCAGCAUAACCCCCAAGUCUUUAUGAACCCUAUAGAGGCACAUCAUCAUGCUAAGAUAAGAGAUAUAAUGUUACAAGCCACAGAUAAUUUCAAACAUGUCAUUCAACCGCAUGAGGAGGAAGAGAAUCAAACUGUUCCGAAAACGUUGAAAUCUAUUCCGAUUGAAAAUGAGGAACUGGAAGAUUUCCGACGAGGAACUCGUCAAAGAUCAACAAUCCGACGGAAAAAACGUGUUGAACAGACGGAAAGUUUAAGAAGAAUCCGCCAACCUUCUAAUGCGAAAAAUCCGGGAAGAAAAAUUACUUUCAUCGACAUAAAAACAUGGGAAGAGAGGAACAAAGAACGAAGUUUGGAGAACAUAGUUUUAUGUUACAGCUUUUAAAAGUUUAAAAUUGGGAUAUUUUGUGAAAAAUAAAAAUGUUUACAAUAGUUAAAAAAUUAUAUUAACAAAA